AUGAGUUUAAAUAUCCAAGAGAUAAAUGAAUGUCUCAAAGAGAACAGCAUAACAUUGAAUACAGGACGAUUUUCAAUCCAGUUGACUUGUAUUGAGGCUUUCGAUCCAAGCACUUUACAAUUUGUCAAUUAUACAAGAGCAUCUGAAAACGAUGGAGAUAUCGACUGCUUGCUCGAGAAUAAACCGAAAGACUCGAAAGUGUAUCUUGUUUCAGAUUCAUUUGUGGUUGAUCAAUUGCUGUUUAUUCCCAUGAUUAUUGAUGAAUCUAAAGCGCCUUCACUUGAGUAUUCGGAAACACGCACGUCUGGCUUCGACCAAAUGCUGAUUUUUUCAACAACAAUCACCCCUAAAAAUUGCAAUAAGAAGUUUGUCCACGAGAAAUCUGGCUGGGUUUGGCGACAGAGUAAGAGAACGAAACGAUCGGAGAAGAAAAUGAAAUUGGAAGUAAUAGACGGGCGCUUGAAGUUUGCAAAGCCUUUUGCUUUCAACAGGUUAGAGAACGUUCCUGUUCGAUAUGACAUGCCUGACUGGGUUGAAGAAGAAGAUGACAAGCACAGAAAAAAGCAACCAUCCCGCAGUAAAAAGGCAAAAAAGGUUAAAAAAGAACGAAAGAGCAAAUUAAAUCAACAAAUAUCGAAGAAACACUCAAGUGCUACCAACAUAUUUUCAAUUAGUCGGGAGGAUAACUCAAUUGCUGGAGAGUUGGAACUCGAGGAUGUCGAUGAAGAUGGCGAUUGGGUGACAGUGGGAGAUUCAGGAUUUCUUUCAAGAAGAGAUGAAGACCAAAGGACCGUCUGCGGCAUCGUCUCGCUAGAAGAGGAGCUCAACAAUAGCUGUGUGCUAACAGAAGAACCUGAAAACGGCGAAAUGGAGGAAACCUCUUGCUCCGAAUCGACAGAAGCAGAACUCAGGGAGGAGAACAGUGUGCUCAAAGAACAGCUUGAAAGCUUUUUGACGUGCCAAAUUUGUUUUGAAGCAUUUGAUGGCGAGAAACAUGCAAAAUAUUCGCACGCCUGUGGUCAUGGAUGCUGCCUGACUUGCAUGAAGAAGGAGUUUGCUCGUCAGCGUGCAGUUCCUACAAUUAAAUAUUCGCCCGCUAAGGAAGAUCGACCUGAUAUCCUUCUAAAUUCGACAAUCGUUUACGAGAGAGAUGAUGAUGAAAAGAAAAUCAAUCGUGUUAGGAAACCUCUUUGCACGUGCAUUGAAUCUGACCCUUCUUCUCUUUUCGACAGGCUGGAGAGAAUCCCCGACAAAUAUGAGAUUCCCGACUGGGUUGAAGAAGAGGACAAAAAAGCUAGAGAAAAGAAGAAAAUGCCGAAGAAAGGAAAAAGUACGAAUUCAGCUAAACAAAAGAACAAGCAACAAAUGCCACUGAAGCCGACUCCGAAGAAAGAAAUUCCUGCUAAAAAUUUUAUCGCAAAAAGCCAAGAUAAAAAUUUUCCGACCGGAGAGCUUGAAUUUGAUAAUUUUGAUGAAGGAGACUGGAUUACGGUAGAAAAACUAAAACAGCCGAAAAUCAGGUGUUCAAACAAGCGCGUAAAGAAGUCUUCGAAGAAGUCGAAGAAGAAAGAAGCCUUGAGGACGCCACCGGUGGAUAAAACAGAAAUGAGGCCCUCGAAUGUUUUAAAAAAAUCUUCAAACUCAGAAACAUCAACGACUCCAGCCCAGCGAUUGCCUUCAACAGCUGAAGAGUAUCAGAAGAUUUUGCUUGAUUCAAGUCCUACUAAAAACUAUUUGCCCAAAGAAAAACCCGAAAGUAGCGCGAUUAAUGCAAACCCUUGUCGUUCCGAGCCAGAUCAGCCGCUCAUGAAAGAAAUUUCUGUGCUGAAGGAGAAACUAGAAAGCUUCAUGAUGUGUCAAAUUUGUUACGAAGCUUUUGAUGAUGAAAAGCACGCAAAAUAUUCUCACGCCUGCGGUCAUGGAUGCUGUCUGACUUGCAUGAAGAAGGAAUUUGCUCGUCAGCGGGAAGCAAAGAAAAAGAAGUUCUACUGCCACUGUGGAUUCGAAAUUCAUGAAAAGAAGAUCAUCAGAAUGUUUAUUUAA